AGAAAACUCAACUUCCGCUUAGAAUUUUUUCUCAAAAAAAGUCAUUGUUUUGUCGAUUUAUUUCAAAGAGGGCCUUCAAUUACCCCAAUAUUGUACAUAUUGAGAUAUAGAUCAAAAAUGAGCGAGAAACAGACCCCUAGCAAUCUAUUAGAGCAGUUUGUUCUACUGGCAAAGUCAGCAAAAGGUGCAGCAGCAGUUGACCUUGUGAAACAAGUCUUGGAGACCCCUGGAGUUUACGUCUUUGGGGAAUUGCUUGAUAUGCCAAAUAUACAACAGUUGUCUGAAGGCCCCAACCAAAACAUUGUGAACCUCCUUAACAUAUUUGCCUAUGGAGUGUACAAUGACUAUAAAAGUAACAAAGCCAACCUUCCUGAUCUCACUCCGAAAAUGCUAAAGAAAUUAAGACAAUUGACAAUAGUGUCAUUGGCCACACAAAAGAAGUGUAUACCGUAUGCAAUUCUACAGCAAGAAUUGGAGAUGUCAAAUGUCAGAGAACUUGAAGACUUAAUAAUAGAAGUGGUGUAUUCAGAUAUUGUCAGAGGAAAAUUAGAUCAGAAAAACCAGCGCCUAGAAGUGGAUUAUGCUAUUGGAAGGGAUGUCAGAGCAGAGCAGGUCAAUGACAUUGUCACCGUGCUCUCAGAGUGGUGUUCAGGCUGUGAGGCUGUUUUACAAGGCAUAGAGACUCAAGUCAACAGAGCAAACACAAACAGAGAGAAGUCAAUCCAACAAAAACAAAAGGUCGAGAUAGAGGUUGCCAACAUUAAGAAGACAUUAAAGGCCACACAACAGACAGAUAUGGACGAAGCUGACAGUAGAGAGGUUAUUGCACAACUAGACAAACCAAUGAAAAAAGCUUCAAAAACAAAAGGAUUACGUGGGAGUGGAAAAUUUUGGGGAAAAUCAUCCAGCUGAGACCUGAACCUGUGUUGGACUUUAUAUGUUAGACAAUUCUAGACUCAUUCCUCAGAAAAAGGAGAACAUAAAUUUAACAUGAGAUGUGAGACAUGUUGCUGCAGAGACAAUUCUAGACUCUUUGAAACAGACCUACACAGCAUGGACUACAUUAUACUUGCCGUCAUGUUAAUUGGAAUUCAUAUUAUAAAGUUUCACUUGCUACCUUGUGUUGUACCUUUAGGUGUUGAUGCUCUAAUCAGUGCUUUAUGAACAUGAACAUGAUUUGGUUAAACUAUUGUUAAUUGGAAAACAGAUUCAUCCCAAUAGGAAUGGGGGUCUGUUAAAAUCAAUGUGUACAUAAUUGUAGUACUA